AUGGCGGCGCGGGGCUCGCCGGGAAGGCGGCGGCUCCGUCGCCCGACCCGCGCCCGGCAGCCCCUUUCGCAGCCGCAGCUCGCCCCGCUCUGGGGCCGCCGGCAGGGCCCCGCUGCCCCGCGGCGGCUGGAGGCCGAGCGCGGCUCCGGGGAGCGGCGGCGGAGCCUGCUCGGAACCGCGCCGGGCGGCGGCGGAGGGGCCGCCGCGGCCCGGGACCGUGUGUCCGCACGCACGCCGAGCCCCGCAUCCGCGGCCUCACCCCCGAGGCCGCGCACGGCUUCCCCUCGCCCCGCGCCCACGGGCCUGAAGCGGGAGGACGGCGUUCCUCGGGGCGACUGGGAGAAAAUCGGGCUCGCUCCUUCUCUCCACGCCGCCUCGUACCCAGCGCACGGGAUGCAGGCGGCUGCCGGGCCCCGGCGCUGGCACAGGGGAUGUGUUCCUCCUAUUCAAAGCGAUGGACAGGCCUAUUACCACACUUCCUACCAAGCACACUUUAAGGGUGAAUGGACUCCACCUGCAAAGCCAAGUGAAAAGUGCUCGUCUCGUAAUAAAUUGGGGGAUCCCAGAUGCAGUGACUUUGUGAGCGAGCAGAAACAUGCCUACAGUGCCCCAGCCAAGAGGACACACAGAGUCUAUGACAAGGAACGUGCUGCCUCCCAGAUCCACCACACGAACCUGCAGCUGGGGGAUGGUUGCACCAGAUUCUCCACCUCAACAUCUGAGUCCUUCCCAGAGCACAGUCUGGAGCCUGUAACUGUUGUCUAUCCAAACAAAUUUGCCUCAUCCAUCCCCAGAGGAGAUGAAGACCCUGAGAGAGCUCAGCUGUUGGCAAGGAUGACCACAACACGUCUGUCGUACCCAGAGACUGACAGGUGGAAUCUCCCACCGAGGCCUGACUCACUACUUCAGAAGCAUCAGAGCAGCAUCUGCUUGGGAGAGGAGUGUUCAGGCUCCUGUUUCUUCAGCACAACACAGCAGUCAGACUAUCAGCCCCACCAGAGCCAGAGGGUGUUGGCAGACAGCAGAAGCCACCGUGAGAGCCACAUCCUCUUCAACAACCACAGUGAAAGUUCUGUCACAACCACACAGGCCAUGCUGGUCCCACACCGACUGCAGAGACAAGGGCUCUGUGAAGACGUGCUACAGCAGAUCAAAUACUCACACCUGGGGCUGCCCUGGAGGACACGGGACCUCUUCAGCACUGAGCAGAAGGAUCAGUUCACACCCAAGUCCAGGAGCCCAUCAGAAAUCCAAAAGGCAAACUCCCAAGUGAGCUGCAUUCCCCUGGGCACCCUCAAAAGAUAUUGUCCCCAGAGGAAGGUGCUCUUGGCACCAUGAUCUUCUCCCUUCUUCAGUGGCUGCCCAGAAUUUCCUGUGCUGGGGCCUGCCUACGUGUCUCAUUACAUGUUACCAUCCUA